UAUUGCAUUUGUAGUCCUAAAUGCUACUGUUAUUUCAGCUUGGAUCCGAAUGAGGAUCCUGUUACUGGUCUGGAAAGAAUGACCAGUAUUUCAAAUGUGAAUGCUGAGUUAAGAAGAAGACGUCGGGAAGAAACAGAACAUGGAAUUAAUUCUGACGAUGGACUGCAUACAAAUAAAAAAAAAUUAGCUGCUCUUUCUUCACGGUAUGAAAGUUUGAAUUAUGAAAUUGUGGAAAAUAAACUUUAUCGGAGUGAAGAGCUACAAUCUGGGCAUCAGCGAAAGCUUUUCCGACAAUCAUUCAAUCGUUGGGUGGUGUGCUUCUUUAUUGGAGUAAUUACUGGUAUUAUUGCAGCUGUCAUAGAUAUUAUAAUUUACUACAGCAGUGUGAUAAAAUUUCGUUUGAUUCUUAAUAAUUUGACGUUAUGUGAAAAACGCCUAGAAGCUGGAGGUAGUUGUAUGUGGAUGGUGGAACUAGCAUGGAUUUGUUAUAACUGCGUCCUUGUUAGUAUAUCUGCUUGUUUAAUUAUAUUUGUUUCACCUGCUGCUGUUGGUUCAGGUAUAUCACAGGUGAAAUGUUUUUUGAAUGGUGUGGAAAUACCUGGUGUUAUAAGAUUGAAAACGCUGUUUGCUAAAGCCUUCGGAGUAGCAUGUACGGUUGCUGGUGGCCUAAGCGCAGGAAAAGAAGGCCCGAUGAUUCAUUCAGGUGCAGUAGUUGCAGCUGGUAUUUCGCAGGGCAAAUGCGUCACGUGCGCAUUCGAUUUUCAUAUUUUUGAACAGUUUAGAAAUGACCGAGAAAAACGUGACUUUGUUAGUGUAGGUGCUUCCGCUGGUGUGGCUGCAGCUUUUGGUGCUCCAAUCGGUGGUGUUCUAUUCAGCUUGGAAGAAGGAGCGAGUUUUUGGAAUCAAAGUUUGACAUGGCGAAUGUUUUUUGCUGCUAUGAUGUCAUCAUUUACUCUGAACUUAAUUCUCAGCAUUUUCCAUGGAGUCGCUGGGUUUUUGUCUUGGAAUGGAUUGGCGAAUUUAGGAGUUUUCGAAAAUGAUAGUUACAAUGUUUGGGAAAUACCGAUCUUCCUUUUUAUUGGUGUUAUUGGUGGUGUUUCGGGCGCUCUGUUCAACUUCUUGAAUCUGAAACUUUCCUGGUUUAGAAAAAAAUAUAUUCGAAGCAGCUGGCAAAAACUUAUGGAAUGUUUAUUGGUAGCUGCAGUUUCUGCUUGCACUGGAUUCAUUACGUUGUUUCUAGUAAAUGAUUGUCAACCUGUGGGAAGGAACCCUCAUCUGACUGAAGUAACGAAAGUUAGCCAAUACAGUGCUGUAGCAAACUUGUUCUUUCAAAGUCCUGAAGAAAGUGUUAAAAGUUUAUUUCAUAGUCCCCCAAAUUCUUACGCGGCUGGCACGUUGUUGAUAUUUGCUGCUGAGUAUUACUUACUUUCAUUAUGGACAUAUGGACUAUCUGUUUCAAGUGGCAUUUUUAUACCAACUUUAUUGACUGGUGCAGCAUGGGGUCGUUUUGUCGGAGUAAUCGUGGAGUAUAUGUUUCCAGAUGUGACAGGUAUGCAUCCAGGAAAGUAUGCACUUGCUGGUGCUGCAGCACAGCUUGGGGGUGUUGUGCGAAUGACUAUUAGCUUAACUGCAAUUCUUGUUGAAGCAACUCGGGGUAUCACUUUUGGUUUACCUAUAAUGCUGGUUCUGAUGAUUGCCAAAUGGAUUGGUGACUUGUUCAAUGAGGGUCUUUAUGAUUCACAUAUUGAAUUAAAUGAAGUACCGAUUUUGGGCUGGUCGGCACCGAAACUGUCGCGUAAUAUUCUAGCAGCGUGA